AUGGCGUCGUUCGUCGGCAUCGCGAUAUGGAAUUCGAUUGAGAUGGUGCCCCUCGUGUUUCUCACCUUCACCCGAUACCGGACGCUAUACUUCUGGAGCCUCUGCGUCACCGUUACGGGCGUCCUCAUCUGCUCCGCUGCGCAAAUCAUCAAUAUCUGGGUUACGAAUCGGUCCAAUCUGGUUCCCGCGGCUUUGAGCUGCGUGGGGUGGAUUCCCAUGGUCACGGGGCAGUCACUUGUGCUAUAUUCGCGGUUGCAUCUGCUAUAUAUCGAGUUGCGAACACUCCGUCUGGUUCUUAUCAUGAUCAUCUUUAAUGCCAUCGUUGUGCACAGCGCCGGUUUCAUUUUGACCAUGGGGGCCAAUUCAAACAGUCCUGACCGGUACAUUUACCCGUACAAUAUAUUUGAGAAGGUCCAGGUCACGAUAUUCUUCAUCCAGGAGAUCAUCAUCUCGGGAUUAUACUUGUGGAAAGCAAAGGAGUUCCUCGGGAAGUACUCAAGCAACCUCAUCAACUCCCAGGAUAGAUCUGCUCGCACGAUCCGCGAGAUCUUGACCUACCUCAUCGUUGUCAACAUCAUCGUUGUCGCGCUCGACGUCACCAUUCUCGUCCUCGAAUACCUGGGGCUCUACCUGACCCAGCUGACAUACAAGAUCUUCGUGUACAGCGUCAAGGUGAAAUGCGAGGUUGGCAUACUGAACCGCCUAAUAGAGUUCGUCAAGCGCUCCCGGAGGCUGGACUCGAAUUUUCAGAUCACAAGACAGAUGCAGCGAGAGCGACGAUCAUGA